ACGUAUUUAUAGGAAUACCUUAUUUCUUAUACCUUAUACCUAUUUGUGUCACACUUGCGGUGCUGUGAGUGUUAAAUUAGCAUUAAUUUAAAAUCGGAUUCAGCGAUCCGCGAUUAGACAUUCGAACGAUUAGUUACCGUCCCGCCGACAACCAGAACACACCGAAAAGCACAAUGCUGGCCUCCAUACUGAAUACCUUGGAGAGGGAACCCGCGGAUCCUGUGCGGCUGCCUCUCCUCACCAGCCAGAGGCCCCUCCUGAUCCUCCUGGGCAGCUAUUUGCUGUUCAUCAAGGUUAUCGGGCCGAAAAUAAUGGAGAAUCGGAAGCCAUUCGAUUUGCGAGGUGCGAUCAGAAUCUACAACUUAACGCAGAUCGUUUACAAUCUCCUUAUGUUUUCAUUUGCUGUCUAUUUUAUGCUGGGACCUGCCAACUACAACUUUAAGUGCAUCCAAAACUUACCCCUUGAACACGCCUACAAGGACUGGGAACGUUGGCUCUGCUAUUCGUAUUUCCUCAACAAAAUCCUGGAUCUGUUGGAAACAAUCUUCUUCGUCCUGCGCAAGAAGUACCGCCAAAUAUCCUUUCUGCACGUCUUUCAUCAUGUUUACAUGAUCUAUUUCAGUUACCUGUAUUUGUGGUAUUACGGUUAUGGCGGACACGGUUUCUUCAUGUGCUUCUUCAACGUUAUAGUGCAUAUUGUAAUGUAUACGUAUUACUAUCAAGCCGCCAAGGACGCGAAGGCGAAUCUGUGGUGGAAGAAGUACAUCACCGUUGUCCAGUUGGUUCAGUUCGGGAUCAUAAUGUGCCACAGUUUGUACACUUUAAUGCAACCCGAUUGCCCCUCGGCGCAGUUUUCGGCCAAAGCCUCCGGUUCAGUCUCUAUUUUCUUUUUCCUUCUGUUUAGUAAUUUCUACAUAAAUGCAUAUAUUUUGCCAAACAAAAAAGCCAACAAAAAGGUCCAGUAAAUAAAAUAAUUAACUCAUUAAUUUAAUUUGAAAGUCUAAUUAUUCGAAAAUGUGUUUGUGGGGCACAAAGUACCUACUUGGUAUUCAAAACAAUUCAAAACAAUUGUUAAAAUUUUAUGGUUUAAUUGUGCUAUUGUAUUUCAUGUUUAUGAGACUAUUAUGUAUUAAAUUUUUUACAA